AUGAAAGAGACUGAUCAAGUGCGGUUUGAUGAUACUUGUUUCCCAUUCAAACAAGAUACAUCCUUAGAUUUUAAGCCUCAGUCCUCUCAUGUCCCAGUCAUGGUUCCUCCUACCUACGGUCCGAUUACAGAUUCCCACCUGCUUACGACCUCUAUUAUUCCCAAGGAACCAGUACCUUGUUUGGAACCUCCUUCGCCUUCUGGCUCUGA